AGUUGUCCACGUCCCACGUGCUAUAGACAGAGAACCAAUUCUGUCAGAUUAUCAGGAAUGAAACAAGCUCCUGAAGCGGCUAAACGUGAGGAAGCAACAUAUUUCAUCAUUGUCGGAGCAUGUUUUAUCGAAGCUGGACCCUUUCCGUUUAGUGGACGAGUGGUAACGCUGCGAAGGGUUCCUUCCAUUGAAUUGUACACUUGCACAUUUCUUGACAUCAUCGAUCUUUGUCUUUGAACAACACAGGAUUUAGAAUGGCAAAACAAAACGGUGGUUUAGCAGUCAAUCUCUUUGCUUUGAUUGUAUUCUUCGGAACAUUCACAGAGGCCGUUGGAUGUGAAAGUAGGCGUGACUCAGUGCAGAAAAUGGUUUUAUAUACUGCGGAAAAUCGAGCCUUGAGAGGGGUUGCAUCUACAAAGAAAAAGGUGCAAUCUGGCGUCAUCUGUGGAAGAGAAUGUAACAUGGAUAAACAUUGCAAGUCAAUCAACUUCGAUGAAUCUAAUGACCUGUGCGAAAUGAGCAAUGCAACCAGACAAGAAUUAGGAGAAGACUUAUCAGUAAAGCCAGGCAGCGUAUACUUUGAUGCAAACGAGAACACACCUAGCUUCUCCUUGCCUCCUCCUACAAGUUGCACAAAGUGGAUGGAGUUGGGCUAUGAUAACAGCGGCGUGUAUGCAAUCUACCCAGAAGGACUGAACAGCAAUGGCAUACAAGUCUACUGUGACAUGGAAACUGAUGGUGGAGGAUGGAUCGUGUUUCAGAGGAGACAAGACGGCAGUGUGGACUUUUACCGAAAUUCAUCUGAGUAUAAUUCUGGCUUCGGUAAUCUGUCUGGAGAGUUCUGGCUUGGUAAUGACAAUCUGAUUAGUUUGACUUCGCAUGGGUCGUGGGUGCUACGGGUAGACCUAGAGGACUGGGAAAACAACACAGCUUGGGCAAGGUACGAACAUUUUCUUAUUCCACCACACUCGGGAUCUCGGUUAGAAACGAGGGACUUUAACAGCAGCAGUACUGCUUUUGACGCUCUGACAUUUAACAAGUAUUGGGCAUUUACAACUAAGGAUAAUGACCAUGAUUCAGAAACCGACUACAAUUGUGCUGUGGUCACAGAGGGAGCGUGGUGGUUCGAUGAGUGUGAGUACGUCGAUACCGCCAAAUUGAACGGCAGAUAUUACUACGUGCAACCUAGCUCUACGCAGCACGGUAUUCGAUGGUACGGUUGGCAUUAUGAUGUUUCUCUGAAAGGUUGCAGCAUGAAAAUACGCCAGCGUAAGUUCUAAGGUCGGUUUAUGGCGAGGACGAACAAUAGGCUGAUGUAAGUGUGUGGUGAAACGUUUGCCUUGACUGUACAUAAAAGUGGCUUAAUAAUUUUGAGACAAGUCAGUACUGACCAGCCUGGCCAGAAGGGGGGCAAAUUGCCCUCCCUGGAAAUUUUGCCUAAUAAAUAAUGUUGCUCAAUCUUAUUGUCGAACGGUCCUGUAUAUUAGCAGUCCUCAUGGAAAAGAAAACUCAAUCCAAAGAUUCUCCAAACUGGAACCUCUGUUACAGGCAGAGGAAGGUUGCGACAAAGGGCAAAAUUGGGCACGGACUACAGUUCGAUUAGUCUAUUUGCGCAAGCGCAAUGCAAUCACACUCACAAGAAUUUUUCCAAUAUUUUAUCCUUUCCCACAUUUCGCCGUUUGUGCAACCUUUCCGGCAUAACAGUUCAAAAUAACAUUCAAGUUUGAAUGGUCCACCGUUCAUUGUGUCAUGAAAAGACAGUGAUAUUUUUGCAGCAUUAUAAAUCUUUCUUUUCGCCAUGCGGGCAAAAAAAAAUGUUGCACUCAAAGACAAAGUUAAUUGACAAAAAAAUGUAUAAAGAUAAGUAAGAUUUAAGCUGUCUAUUUGACUGUUAUGAAAGUUAUAACAAUCGUCUAAAGUGUAUUCAAUGGUCUUUCAUUAUCAUGUGAACAAAAACGAAACGUUAUGUUGUUUUAAUAUCAUAUUGCAGGCCGAACAGUUUGAUGCGUUUGAACUCAAUUCGUUAAUCAAUAAAAGGCGUGUACAUCAUCACUUGAUUGCUGUAUGAAAAAAAAAGAUUUAUGAGUGUAGCACCUGGUGUAUAAUAUUUGAAUCCUUAUGUUAAGCUUGGAGAGCUGAUUAAAUAUCACCAAUUUCAAAAUUUCAAUCGAAAAACUUCAUUUUUUACGGGGUUAAAGUAGGCCUACACAUUAAGCUUUCAGUUAUUAGGAAAAGAAUCUUUCCAUUAGUUAUUAUGUAAACCUUCUCAAAAUAUAUAGAAACAGAGGCAGUCAUCCCAAUGCAAAAUGGACAAGUUGAUGAGCAGUCCACGUAUACCUUCUUUUUCUGCAAACACUUUGCAAACACUGCAAACACUCUAUAGUACAUUAGUUUAAUGAAUCCAACCGUUGUUAUUAACGAAUUUUGUGCAUCCUCGGAACCUGAACUUAAAGGAUCAUUUUAUACAAAUAAAAGUAUAUAUGCAAAAACUAGUAAGAAUAACAUUUCAUAAGGUGAAAUAUAAAAUUAAACAUCGAUCUGUCACCGAAUGAAAUCAUUCUUCCCACUGCAUAGUUGCUUUAUAUAACGCCUGAAUAAAUCUUUUGUACACUUUGUGUACAACUUAUCGUUUGCUUCAGUUCGAUGCAAAAUGCGACACGAAAUUUUCAAUAUAGUUCAUGCUUAAAUGGGCGUUCAUGUGUGUCUUACAGUUUGUUGUUUUAUAACCUAAUAAGUUAUUCAGAAGAAGUCAUAACUUACGAGUUCAGAUAUUUCCUCAUUUUGACAGAAGACGGAAUUUAACGGUGUUUCAUGAUUAUUGAUAUCACCGAGAUUUUGUGAUAGCGCAAAGAGCCGCGACUAUGUCUUCUGCUUGCGCAGACGCAUCUACAACGGCAUCUUCGACGGAUGUACUCAGUGCCUUCCAUUACAAUGAAUGACACGUGACCAACGACGCACAAAUUAACAGAUUUAUUCAGGUAUUAUAUAAUACGCUAAAUCGUUUUGCGUUGAAGAUCACGAUCCUCAACUGAGACACGUCUAAGUAGUAUCCCCAGGUUAUUCCAGAUGUUCACAGCAGCAUGGUAUUACUAUCUUGCACGAAGAAUCAAUAAUCGAUAUUUCACCUUUAAC